AAUACAUACAUACAUGCAGUGUGUGUAAUGCCAACUGAUUGUAAAGCAUGGAAAGAACUCGGAAUUAAACAAAAUGGAGUAUAUCCUAUAAAACCAGAUAAUGGACCAGCUUUCCAAGUAUACUGUGAUAUGGAGACUGAUGGUGGUGGAUGGACUGUAUUUCAGAGGAGACAAGAUGGAUCUGUUGAUUUCUAUAGAUACUGGACUGACUAUGAGAAUGGAUUUGGUGACCUUACUGGUGAGUUUUGGUUAGGAUUGAGCAAGAUUCAUCGUCUUACUAAAGAAGGAUCAAACACACUAAGAGUGGACCUGGGAGACUUUGAGGAGAACACAAGAUAUGCUAACUACUCUACAUUUAAUGUUAGUGAUGGUAGUACUGAAUAUAUACUAACAGUAGGAGGAUACUCUGGUACUGCUGGGGAUAAUCUGGCCCAUCACAACGGAAUAAGAUUCUCUACAAAAGACAAUGAUAAUGAUCACAGAACGCAUUGGCAUUGUGCUCAGGAAGACAUUGGUGCCUGGUGGUUUAAUUCUUGCUUUCAAUCACAUCUCAAUGGUCCGUAUUAUACUAAUCCAACUGGAAAUGGUGAGUGGAAUGGAAUCAUAUGGAAUGAUUGGCCAGGCCCUUACUAUAGUCUCAGGUUUACAGAGAUGAAAACUCAUCGUAACAAUUAAAUAUAAAUAAAGUGUGUGUGACAGGAUUGUGUAGAAUCAGUUAUUACUUAGUGUAUUUAGAUUAUUUUGUUACUUUUAUAAUAAAGUUAUUUCCUAAUAAUGUUAAACCUCA